GAUGAAGUCACCUAUUUGGGCUAUAAGAUAAAAAGAGGCCAAAGGUGGCUAACUGAGGCAAUGAAGCAAACCGUGUUAAGAAUACCUACCCCAACUUCUAGCCGGGAGCUAAGAAAAUUCCUGGGGUCGGUAGGCUACUGCUGCCUCUGGAUUCCAGAAUUCGCAGAGAAGGCCCGACCUUUGUAUAAAGGGUGUAAGGCAGGGCUGGCAUAGAAAUGAACUGAGCAGAUGGCAGAUGCUUUUCAGGCCCUGAAGGCAGCCAUGCUAGAGGCCCCUGCCUUAACGCUCCCAGAUCCUACCAAAGAAUUCCACCUUUAUAUAAAUAAAAAAUCGGGGAUAGCUAAGAGGGUGCUUAUGCAAACCCUAGGGCCCUAGAAAAGGCCUGUGGCAUACCUAUCAAAAAAACUAAAUCCAGUGGCGGCAGGGUGGCCAGCAUGCUUGCAAAUGAUCGCAGCCACAGCUCUGAUAGUCAAAGACGCUAAUAAGCUUACUUUAGGGCAGCGGCUGCUCAUCACUACCCCGCACGCUAUAGAAGGGGUUUUAAAGCAGCCUCCGGGACGAUAAAUUACAAAUGCGAGGCUGACUCACUACCAAAGACUCCUGCUGGACGCUCCCCGCAUCGAGUUCCGGGCCCCCACCGCCUUGAAUCCAGCCACGCUCCUGCCCAUCCCCGACUCAGCUGCACCUGAGCACAACUGCCUUGAGAUCCUGGCUGAAACCCAGAUGGCCCGAAAAGACUUAAAAGACCGCCCCCUUCCAAGCAGCGACCUGAUCUGGUUCACAGAUGGGAGCAGUUUCGUCCGGGACGGACACAGGUACGCAGGGGCGGCCAUAGUCGAUGACCAGGGCAAACUAGUCUGGGCGGCACGCCUCCCACAGGGGACAUCUGCUCAAAAGGCAGAGUUGAUAGCGCUGGCAGAGGCUCUUUGCCGGGCCCAAGGGAAGAGACUGACGGUAUACACUGACAGCCGUUAUGCUUUUGGGACUGUGCACAUACACGGAGCUCUCUACAGGGAGAGGGGGUUCAUCACAGCAGAAGGGAAGGAGAUCAAGCAUAAGCCCGAAAUCCUCCGCUUGCUAGAGGCUGUCCUGCUGCCAAAGGCAGUAGCGGUAGUCCACACCCCGGGACACCAGGGUGGAGACUCAGUGGAGGCUAGGGGCAACCGACGGGCAGACGCCGAGGCUAAGAAAGCGGCGGGGGGUGCUACGCCACCAAAUAUCCUACACAUCGGCCUUCCGCCCCCGGGCAUGGGACAGAUACCUCCUCUGCCAGACUACUCCAGUGCAGACGAAGCCUGGGCUGCAAAACGACUAACUGCGGAAAAAGGUGAAGAUGGCUGGCUGCGAGACGAAGAACGCCGCCUGAUAGUGCCAGAGACUCUGGGACGUCACCUGUUGACGCACCUACACCAGACCACACAUUUAGGAAAGAGAAAAAUGUUACAACUGUUAAACACCGCCCAGCUCAGGUUCAUGUCGCAGGGACGAGUGGCAGACGACAUCGUCCAGGACUGCCGAGCCUGCCAAGUCAUGCAGCCAGGGAGGGUCAAAGGGACCCAUGCAGGUAGACGGCAUAUCAACUUGGAUACACCACUCCCACGUGAGGCCAGCCAACAAGAACGACCUAAAACGGUGCCAGAGCCAGUAAAGAGCGACGGUGGACCCAAAGAACCCACUAAAAGUCAGGCUGACUCAAGUAGCAGCAGCGCCACGAGAAGCCAGCUGAGUCCUAUUCCUCUUAGACUACUAGUUAUACUGUCUAGACUCAGACUCGGGGCUGUGGCACCUAGAGAUUAGACCUCACUACAAAAAUGUAUGAGAGUGUGAUAGGGCAAAGAGCUGCUAACCUAAUUUUCCAUAAAAAAAGAGAGCCCAUUACUGCCAUCACUCUGGCUACCCUAUUUGGUCUAGGGGCAAUAGGGGCGGGAACUGGCAUCUCCUCCCUAGCCAUGCAGCAUAGGGGACUUAACUCCCUCAGGGCGGCUAUCGAU